CUUAGGGAGAAAGUUUAUUUUGGAUUGGCUGGACGAGCAGAGGAGAACCAGCUAAAAGAUCAUGCGAACUUGCUAUAGAGCCUAAAUCUGUGCUUCGUGCCAUUGAUUUCUCUAUCUACCCACUGGAUUUUGGUUACUGCUUUCUUUUCUCUAACCAUGAUCUCAUGGACUUCUCUCAGGAUUAUUCCUUAACAGCUCUUCGUAUCUUUCAGAACACUAUCAACAGAGAGUUUAUCAGGAGUUUGCAUGUGUACCGAUUAAAGGAUGGGACGGACAAGGAAGUUGAGAGGGAGUUUCUCUUCUCUGAUGAUGGUCCAUAUGUUGAAAUGGUAGCUAACCCACUUCUCAGGUUGGACAGAUUUCGGGUUCUGGAGCUUUUUGAAGGGCAAGUGAUCGGUGUGUGGCACUGCAUUUUUGCAUUUAAUGCUCAUCACUCCCCUCAUUUGAGUCGCAUUCCUUCUUUACUCUCAAUUUCUAGAAACCCCAAGCUGAAGUCAGUCCCAACACUGGCCAAUGAUCUUCAACUUAUUUUCAAGCUGAUUAGCAGAACAGCAGAUGAAGAACCAUUGCAAUUUUUAUCCGAGGAAAAAUGCAGAAUGAUCAAAGGUUGCUUUCAGUCUAAGAGAAAUCUGCCUGUAUUAGAUCAGGAUCUAAAUUGUCUCCCUUAUUCAGUUGCUACAUCUCAAGUACCAAAGAGCCAACAAAUUGAACCAAGUGAACCAGCAUCUGUCAUGGCAAAGAAGAAAAAAAGAGCAGCCACAGAAGACAUAGCCAGAAUUGCUUUAGAAGAUCUUGUUAAAUACUUUGAUCUUCCCAUUGCGGAAGCUUCGAGAAAUCUGAAAGUUGGACUCACAGUGCUGAAGAGGAAGUGUAGGGAAUUUGGUAUUCCGCGUUGGCCACAUAGGAAGAUCAAAUCCCUUGACAGUCUUAUCCGUAAUCUCCAGGAAGAGGCAGAGCGACAAAAGCAGGAAAAUGAGGAUGCUGCUAUGGCUGUGGCAAAGAGGCAAAAGAUGUUGGAAAGGGAGAAAGAAUCUAUAGAAAGGAAGCCAUUCAUGGAAAUACAAAGUGAGACCAAGAGAUUCAGGCAAGAUGUUUUCAAGAGAAGGCACAGAGCUAGAGCUCUUAAAACCCAAGGCCUACGAGUCUCUCAGGCCUCAGCCUAGAGGACUGGAAAGAAAUGGAUUACAGGAACAAAGGUAUUGAUCUGGAAAGUUCAUAAUCAUCAUAUCUCAUGUAUAGUUGUGUUGCUAAUGCUAACAGUGUCUGUUGGAAUCUCAUGUUAUGGUUUUUCUAUUGUCAUGCCUGAAGCAUUUGGUAGGCUUUUGUAAAUCAGUUUUUUGGGUCAUUUCUGCUGGGCCCUGGACUUCAUGUAAUAUGGUUAUAUGGACUUGGACAGGAAAGAAAUUGGAGUGAAACUGUUCUA